AUGGCGUCAGAAAAAGCACCUCUGCCAUUCGGCUAUACCUUCAUGGCCGGCGCCAUUGCUGGCAUCUUGGUCAUGUACCCCCUGGACGUCGUCAAGACAAGAGUACAACUCCAGACUGGCAAGGGCGCCGGGACUGAUGCCUAUACUGGCAUGCUAGACUGCUUCCAGAAGAUUAUCCGCAAUGAAGGCUUUUCGAGACUCUACCGUGGCAUCACGGCCCCAAUCCUUAUGGAAGCGCCCAAGCGUGCGACCAAGUUUGCUGCCAACGACAAGUGGGGCAAGUUCUAUCGGGAACUGUUCGGUCAACAGAAAAUGACGCAGUCGCUAUCAGUCCUGACAGGAGCCUCGGCCGGCGCAACUGAGGCUUUUGUCGUGGUGCCGUUCGAGCUUGUCAAGAUUCGCCUGCAGGACAAGGCAUCGGCCGGCAAAUACAACGGCAUGGUGGAUGUCGUCCUCAAAACUGUGCGCAACGAGGGUAUUCUGGCUAUGUAUACCGGUCUGGAAUCAACAUUAUGGCGUCACGUUCUCUGGAACGCCGGCUAUUUCGGCUGCAUCUUCCAGGUCCGCCAGUUGCUGCCCAAGGCCGAGACCAAGAAGGGCCAGACAGCCAACGAUAUCCUUGCCGGCACUGUCGGCGGCACCGUCGGUACCAUCCUCAACACGCCUAUGGAUGUCGUCAAGUCUCGCAUUCAGAACACCGUCAAGGUUGCGGGUCAAACACCCAAGUACAACUGGGCGUGGCCCGCUGUGGCCACAGUUGCCAAAGAAGAAGGAUUUGGUGCUCUCUACAAGGGCUUCCUGCCCAAAGUGUUGAGACUGGGACCUGGCGGCGGCAUUCUGCUUGUUGUCUACACCGGCGUGAUGGACUUCUUCCGCAAGAUGAGGGACGGCGACGCUUAG